UCUCGAGGCAAUCGAAUCGACGAGUGGUUAUUUUGUUGUUUUGCUCGAAAUGUCAGCAAUUGUUGCACGUGAGUGUUUUUAACUACUUUUUUAGAGCGAUUCAAAUGGUUGCAUGACCUAUUCAGUGUUAGAUUUAAUGUUUUCCUUCAUAGCACUGCAUGUCAUUCUUUCAGUCAUUGGUUAGAUUCAAAAUCCUAUCGAAGGAGUAGGUUAAGUUCAGUUGUAUCUCUCUCUCUCUCUCUCUCUCUCUCUCUCUCUCUCUCUCUCUCCCUCGCAUGAGCAUUCUUUCUUAUCUGUAAACAUUGUGCAAUGAACCUUAAUCUGAAUGAUCAUGAAUGAAAAAUUAUGAAAUAUACUGCCGCCUUCUGCGAAACCGUCGCGGAUUCAAAAUGAAAAAAGCGCGGUAAAUUUGAAUCAGCUGAUUUACAUAUGUUUCGUGUAGGUAUCUACUACUAAUAUCUCUGUACGCAGCUCUUUCAGUUGGCAUUGAACGUUCCACUUUUUAAGAGCAUUAGGUAAACAUAAACCAGUUAAUAGCUAGAAAACAGCACAUUUCUCCGUCAUUGAUAAUAAACCAUAUUGGUUUAUUGUAAGUUAGAAUUUGCAAUGCUGACACCUAAACACAUUAUUGUUGUAGAAUCAUAUAUGCAAAUAGCAGGUUCUUAUGAGCAGCGUCUAACGACAAUUUUUAUUCCAACCUUUGGAAGUAAUAGCUGCGAUUCAUCGCUAUUAUGUCGCCCAUAUGAUCUCUUUGGUAUAUACCUAUAUACAUAUGCAGCAUUACAAGGAUGCCUCAGGCCAAGAGAAAGUCGUGCUCGCGCGAGAGAUCCCGAUUCGCGUUUACCGUUAACUUUUCUCUGUGUAUAUAUAUCUGGGCAAGCAUUCUCGAGGCGUCGGCCUUGCGUGCGGAGAGAAAAAAGAAAGUAAACAAACAUUUGUUCGCUUUCAAAAAAUCAAUUUGUUACAGUAACGAAAAAAAAAUUAUUUUUCUUAUGAGCAACAAUGUCUGUUGCAGCCAAUUGUAAAAGAUAUUCAAGGAAAAUCCGUCGAUGAGAAUCUUUGCUAAUUACACGUUGUAUAUAUGCGCAAGAAGCGCAUUAUAUAGCAUGCACGAAGAAACCUAUGAAAUGCACGCAUGCGUAUGUAUUCUGCAAUUUUUACCGUGCAGAGCUUCGCAGGUGCUUUUUUCUGCUUAGUCGAGAAAUAAUAAAACGUCGCGACGCCAGAUUUUUUGCUGAUAUUUCGUUAAAUUCUUACAAAACUUGCAGAAAGUUCAGGCAUGUAGGUGUAUACCUCGAAGGUCAACGAUCGAUUAUUGCAAAAAGCAUAUAUUAAUAAAUAAAGUUCUUAUAGGGACUGCUGUGAUAAUUCAAUUUUUGUUUUAUCGACGAGAAGGUAAGCGAUAGGGUCAACGAUCGAGUAAGUAUACAAUAUCUUCCCAGCAACCCUUUCCCAGCUUGAAAUAGUAUUUUUUGCUGCCGCUAUAACAAAAAAUAAUAGAUUUAUCGCUCCUCGAUCUGCAAUUCAAACGAGCCUCCAUAACUUCCUUCCAGUCAGCUCGGUGCAUCAUCAUCGGCGACAGCUCCUCCCCGGCUCUCACCUGCUGCGACGACGAGGACGAGCCGCCGUAAUCACAACAAUAGGAUCCCGGCCGACUAGUCGCGCGCCGACUUUCGAAUGCUGCGGAGCUCAUGCAGCGCGACCAAGUCGAAUGAGUCCGCGGCUCGUCUCCGCAUCGACGACUUAUACCUUUCAUUUCCCAAGAAGAGGAUCCGGAAGGACGCAGGCAUGUUGCUCUUCAUUCUCGGCUCGACCCUCGCCGUCCUCGUCGGCGCGCUCGCGCUCGUCAACAAGAAACUCUUGAAAAUCGCCAUGGACUCCCUUCAGCUGCAUUUGAAGUACAACGUCGUGGCUGUCAAGGACAUGUUCUGGGAUAACGUUCACGCUGGGAGCAAUAAGACAGAGUUGCCCAAAAUGCCCGGAAGGGUGGCAAUCGUCACUGGUGGUUCUCGAGGAAUCGGUACCGAAGUCGUUCGAAUGCUAUUGCAGAGCGACGUGGAAGUAGUGAUUGCGUGUCGAAGAACUUCAGCAGGCGAAAAGGCCGUGGAAUCGAUAAGAAAGUGCGGCGUAACGAGCGGAAAGGCAAACGUCAUGGAACUCGACAACUCGAGCCUCGAUUCGGUUAGAAAAUUCGUCGAGGAGUUCAAGAAUAAUUACCAGAAACUCGAUAUUCUCGUCAACAAUGCUGGCAUUAUGUUUACGCCCUACGGCGAGACGAAAGACGGUUUCGAGGAACAGUACGGCGUUAACUAUCUCUCUCACUUUCUGCUGACGGUGUUAUUGAUUCCUCUACUGAAAAAUGCCGGAACUGCUGAUUGUUUCGCCCGAGUCGUCAACGUGUCCUCCUGCGCGCAUCUACUCGGAGACAUAAACUUUGAAGAUGUCAAUCACAAAGGAUAUUUCGUGACAGGCGCGGCUUACGCACAGAGUAAACUUGCUCAACUGCUGUUUACCAAAAGGCUAACGAGGCUUUUCGAGAAAAAGAAAGUUCACGUCGUUGCCAACGCCGUUCAUCCUGGCAUAGUCAAUACCGAGCUCUUUGAUCACUCUUACAUGAAGUAUUUCAAACUGUUCAGGCAACUUCUCUUCAAGAGUCCGACGCAAGGCGCCACACCGAUAGUAUUUGCAGCGGUGAGUCCAAAGAUCGAGGGAAAAUCGGGGAUGUAUAUCGCCAAUUGCCUAGAUUCACCGGUAAAUCCAUUAGCGAACGACGAAGCGCUCCAAGACAGACUUUUCGAGAUUUCACUCAAGCAAGUCAAGCUACAAAACGUCAUUGUAUAGUGUUUGUACGAAAUUAUCUGGCUUUGUACGCAAAAGGAGAUUUUUACUCUUGUAGGCUGUAAGCGUUGUGUUUUUAGUCUAUUUUUACUUGGCAAUUUUUUAAGGAUAAUUUUAUGCGUGGCUGUUUAAAUAUUAUAUUGUAAUAUUUAUAUAAUUCACCUUAUUUAAUGUAGCAUUUUACGUAUGAGAUUUAUAAAAAUAAAUUCUCUUGUAUUUUACAAAGAAUAAUACAUAAUUAAUUAAAAUACAUCAAA